AUGGCGAUCUCUAGACUACGUCAUCUACAAGAGAAGAAAAGUGCCUUGACCAAACAACAGCGAAGGCAAAUGGGAGAUCUGUUAAUUCAAAGAAAGGAAGAAAGUGCCAGGAUUCGUGUGGAAGGAAUUAUAAGAGAGGAUAUUUUGGUAGAACUAUUGGAAUAUCUGGAACUGUAUUGCGAGCUUUUGUUGGCCAGAAUUGGGCUGAUCAAUGAAUCACCCAAAUGUGACCCAGGGCUAGAAGAGGCCGUUAAGAGUAUCAUAUAUGCCGCCCCGUUUACAGAGGUGAAAGAACUGAUGACAAUCAGGGAUAUCACUAGUCAUAAGUAUGGGAAGGAAUUUGCUCAAGCUGCGUUAACUAAUGAAGACGGCAUCGUACCGGAAAAGAUCGUGAAACGAUGCUCAGUCCAACCUCCUUCUGAAGAGCUAAUUGAUCUGUAUUUGGUUGAAAUUGCCAAGACAUACAAUGCUCCCUUUUCCAAAUUACCUCGGGCUGAAAAUCCAGAAUCAGAGCCCGAUCUAGAAUCUGAAGACGAAGACACCCCGAAUGAUUCUGAAAAAACAAAGAAGACAGCAGGACCUGUUUACGUGAAGAAGGGAGACCAAGAUUUAGAUGAAUUGAAAAAGCGUUUUGAAGCUCUGAAAAGAUAG